CCCCUCUGCUCCGUGAUCCACAAUGUCUCCUCUCCCACUGUUUCACCUGUCCAUCCCUUCUCUUCUCUCGUAGCCAGGAGCUGGGCAGCAAAGUUCCUCUGAAGUACAUGACCCCUGUGAUUCUAAUGGUGUUUGUGCUCGCCCUCUACCUCCACGCCCAACAGGUCGAAUCCACGGCUCGACUGGACUUCCUGUGGAAGCUGCAGGCCACCGAGGAGAAGGAGGAGAUGGAGGAGUUACAGGCCUAUAAUCGGCGUCUCCUCCAUAACAUCCUGCCCAAGGAUGUAGCUGCUCAUUUCCUCGCUCGUGAACGCCGUAAUGAUGAGCUCUAUUACCAAUCGUGUGAGUGUGUCGCUGUCAUGUUUGCAUCCAUCAGUAACUUCUCCGAGUUCUACGUGGAGCUGGAGGCUAACAACGAGGGAGUGGAGUGUCUCCGUCUCCUCAAUGAAAUCAUCGCCGAUUUUGACGAAAUAAUCAGUGAGGAACAGUUCCGCCAGCUGGAGAAGAUUAAAACCAUCGGCAGCACCUACAUGGCCGCGUCAGGGCUCAAUGACUCCACCUACGACACGGUCGGCAAGUCCCACAUCAUGGCUCUGGCUGACUACGCUACCCGGCUCAUGGAGCAGAUGAAAUACAUCAAUGAACAUUCCUUCAACAACUUCCAGAUGAAGAUCGGAUUGAACAUUGGGCCAGUGGUGGCAGGAGUGAUCGGUGCCCGAAAACCUCAGUACGACAUCUGGGGGAACACUGUCAACGUAGCCAGCCGCAUGGACAGUACCGGCAUUCCCGACAAGAUCCAGGUAACGGGGGACAUGGAACAGGUGCUCACUGCCAAAGGCUACCAUCUGGAGUGCCGUGGGCUUGUCAAGGUGAAGGGCAAGGGUGAGAUGCUGACCUACUUCCUGAGCCAGGGCCCGAGGAACAGCUAGCUGGCCCGCUGGCCGUCUCGCGGAACUGGGGGGAGAGCGGGACAGACCGCGAUUUUGAACCUUCGGCCCCCUCACCCCACCCUCCCUCCCUCCCCGGUCAACACGGCGCCGGAGAGAUCCCAGAGAAACGUUGAGGAGCCGGCCUCGGUCAGGACAGUUUCACAAAAACGGGAAAUGGAAACCGCGCGGAGCACGCAGUGCCUGAGUGGAUGUUGCAGGCUGCUGGACUCUCCCGUGAAGAUCACAGGCCUGGCUACUUUUUAUUCUCCUGACGGUGUGCGAUGACACACUCGCUGAGGGACGCCGGUCCGAAGACAGAUUUAUUUAUUUAUC